GGGCAGAGCAAGUCGCGCAGGAGUCCGGAAGGGCCGGGUCUGGGAGGGGACGGGGAUUGUGGGGGUGGUGAGGAAGUGGCGCCAGAGAUUUCAGCAGCUGGGCAGGAAAUGGUGCGGUCACGCGAGUUUGAGGAACACUGGUGGGUAACUCGCUUUUCUCAAAUCGCUCCGCAGACGUUCGGAGAGAGAGAGAGAGAGACAUUGGUGUCCCUGCAGUUUCCCCAGGAGCUCACGCCACAUCUCCUUGGGUGGAUGGAGUCUAACUGGAGCUGCGACCCAUCGCUGUCUGGAUACCGCUACUUCGGGGCAUCGCUGGGGCUGUCGGUGACCGCGGUGGGAGGCGCGGGGAAUCUGCUGACCGUCCUGGCUUUCGCGGUGGACCCCCGCCUGAGGAGCCGCUUCAACCUGCUGAUCCUGAACCUGACGCUGUCCGACCUGCUCUACUGCGCGUUCCUGCAGCCCGUGACCGCGGCCAGCUACCUGAGGAUGGGCUGGAGGGGGGGCCGCACGGCCUGCCGGGUCUUCGGCCUCCUGCUGUUCACCUCCAACUCCACCUCCAUCCUCUCGCUGGGGCUGAUCGCCGGGGCCCGGUACGCCCUGGUGCGGGGGUUAGGGCGCUCGCGCCGGGCCCUCCGCUGCUGCCCCCGGGGGGUCCUGAUGCCCGUCCUCCUGGCGGGCACCUGGCUCCUCUCUCUGGCCCUCUUCACCCCUCUCUGGCCCGUCUUUGAGUUUCAGCCGGCUGUCUGCACCUGCAGCUUCAACCGCGAGACAGGGAGGCCGUACACCAGCGUCCUGAUGGUGCUGCUCUUCGGGGUGGGCCUGUCCUCCAUUGGCGUCUUCUACUGCCUCCUGGCCAAGAGGGUGAGCGACGCACGCCGCGCUCUGGACGCGCACCGGCAGCAAAGGACGGCCCCGGGUGAGAUCGAGCGCUCCACCGCCUCCUGGCAGUCCGAGGGAGCUUCGGCGCCCCCUCCUCCGCAACCCCGGGCGGGGGGGUCGGACUCCCACCGCGUCACCCGGAUGUGCGUCGCCUCCUUCUGCGUCUUCGUGGCCUGCUACCUGCCCUUCUGCCUCCUCAACGUCCUGGACCGCGGCUCCCGGGCUCCGGUGAUGGUCCACGCCAUCGUUGCCGGCCUCACCUGGCUCAACGGCUGCGUCAACCCCUUCCUCUACGCCUUCAUGAACCGCCAGUUCUCCCAGGCCUACCGUCGGCUUUUCCACAAGGUGUGGGCAUGGUGUGCGCAGCGGAGCCCCAACAUCCUCAGUCACCGGGCCGUAGACCAAUCCGCCAGCGGGCAGAUCCUAAGCUCGUCGGGACCUGCAGAAAUGACACGGACAACACUUCCCCCAAGUCAACAGCCGUCUCACUGUUCUACGCAGUAAAAGGGAUUUUUUUUGAGGAGGUUCUAAAUCCCUUGUCUGGAUAUUUCUUCUUAAAUUCCUGAUUUUAGACAUUUUAUUCUGAAAUCCCACGCUUUAUUGUAAAUCUCCUGCUUAUAUGUUAUUUUUCCUAAAUCCCUGCUAUACACAUUUCCCCCUAAAUCCCUUAUUGAUAUAACAUUUUCCCAAAAUCCCCUGUUGUUACGUUGUUUUCCUAAUUCUCAUGUUUACCUGUAUAUGCAUUUUCCCUAAAUCCCUUAUUGAUAUAAUACUUUCAAUAUAUUCCUGUUGAUAAAUUGUUUCCCUAAAUCCCCUGUUGAUAUAUUGUUUUCCAAAAUCUCCUGUUGAUAAUUUGUUUCCCGAAAUCCAGGCACAAUUUAUCACGGCCAAUCCCACCCUAACCUGCACAUCCCUGGGCACUACGGGACAAUUUAGCACGGCCAAUCCC